AUGGGCUUCGUCCGCAACAUCCCUUCCACGUCCACCCAUCACUCCCUUUCCGACCUGGUGUUCCCUCUGGUUUCCCAGAGGCUCCCCCACCGCAGGUCGCUCAACACGAGCCCCAGGGCGGGGAGGGGAAGACAGCCACUGAGCGCUUUCGCUUCCUCAACGUCCUCCUCCACGGCUUCUUCUUCUCCUUCAUUGUCCUCCUCGCAGGAGAGAACGGGGUCGCCUUCGCUGGGAGAUCUCGUCAGACCUGACUUCCCCAUUCUUCACCAGGUACCAUGAGUAAAUCACAGCCUUAACCCUUCUCGUUUUCCCUUCUUUCUUUUGCUUUUAUCGUCUUCCAUCUUUCAAGGGCUCUAUCAGCAGAUUUCGUGUUGCCAGUUAAUAAUUACGGUCGUUUUUUUGGGUAAUUAUUAAAUGUCAUUCCCUUCUCGACCUGUUUUCAAUCCUUUCUAUUCCAUUGCGCAAAUUAUACAGGACGUGAACGAUUUCAAACUGGUGUACUUGGACAACGCUGCAACUUCUCAAAAACCAUUUGCUGUAUUGAAGUCUCUGAGUGAAUACUAUGAGACGUACAAUUCAAAUGUUCACCGUGGCAUCCAUUAUCUGAGGUACGAUAGCCUGCAGUUCUCUUCAGAGAACAGAUGAAAGUGAUGGAAUCAGUUGAAUCCAAUUGACUUUAGGCGUGUAGAAGGAAUUUUAUUCAGAAAGUCCUUAGCUAAUGUUUUUACCAUAUAGUAUGUAAAUGAAAAUAGCACGAUUUUUGUUUUUAAUCUGACAUUAAUAGUUGAUGCAACCGUCUAAACAAUAAAUUAAUCUAUUAAUGGAUUUUUUGUAUUUUUUAUUUUAAAAAAUUGAGGUCCGUUUCAGCUUUCUUACAGUUCAUUUGUUGGCCUAGUUCAAAGGCUACUGAUGCAUAUGAGCAAGCAAGGGUAAAAGUUGCAGCAUUCGUCAACGCAUCAGAACCUAGAGAAAUCGUGUUUACACGUAAUGCAACUGAAGCCAUCAACUUGGUUGCUUAUUCGUGGGGCCUCUCAAACAUAAAAUCGGGUGAUGAGGUAUGUCCCUCCGGUGUGGUUUGAUAGUUUUCUGUUGGUCGUAUGGAUCAUUUGUACAGGGGCUUGGUUGACUCGUUGAUUUCACCAUAGUUUGCAUGCCUUUAGGGCGUAUGCUUCCUGAGAUACAUUUCAGCUCGACACGUACCCUAUUAGUAAAAUUUCCCUUUUUUUAAAGCAAAAUUUCGAUAAAACUUUUCAGACAGGCACACCGUGCCCAAACUCUUCUCUGAGUAUUUAUUUUCAGUUUUAUUUUGCCAUGCUAGUCAUGAGAUAUUCACGCGUUCUGUCCCAUCUUUAGUUUUUCCUGAUAAACAUUCAUUCAUCUGCCCACUUUCAGCUGAGAUUCGUUGCCAAAUCUCAGCUGCCUAAUUUCCCACUUGCCAAUAUUAAGGUACUCUAUCUACAUCUCACAGAGGUUAACUACAACUUAUUGGUUAUUUUGAAAACAUCAAUCUAUUCUGCUUUAUUGGGAAAUUGUGACUAAGGCAGUGUUGCAUCUGUCUAUUUCCUAACCCAUGAGAGAUGCAAGUGUUAAGAAUCAUGAUCGCCUAGGUCUACUAUGAUUGAAUUUUUUUUUAUAUAUAUGUGCCAUGAUUAGGAAGCUUUUGACUUCCUUUUGAUCUCUGGUGUAGGCUUUGCUAUUUCUUUCCAAGCUAGUAGUCAACACUUCUUGAUACUUUCUUGAUAAGCUUUUACAAGGAGGCAGUGCUGAUGCAUUUCUCGACCCUUUUCCUGCAGAUCAUACUUUCUGUUGCAGAACAUCACAGUGCUAUAGUCCCUUGGCAAUUUGUUGCUCAGAAAACUGGUGCCGUUCUGAAAUUUGUUGAGCUGACCACAGAAGAAGUUCCUGACAUUAAGCAGCUUAAAGGAUUGAUUUCAAAUAAAACAAAGAUUGUAGUUGUUCAUCAUGUCUCAAAUGCCCUUGGUAGGUAUAUAUAUAUACAUCCACAAACGGGUGAUUUUUAUCUUAUGCUUUCGUUACAUCGGUCUCUGACCAAUAACCCGGAACUACUGGCCCUCUUGUCAACUUUGUGAUCUUGAGUUUCAACCAGAAGCCUAAAAAUUUCCAAUUCUGUGAGAACUUUCUGAACUUGGAUUUGAACGCCGGAUCUCUGUGAAUUGCAAUUUCCAUGCUUGUAAAUCAUGAUGUAUGAGUUUUCAAAUGGUGCAUUUGUUAAAAAUGAUCAUUCAUGCGAUUUAAUUCUUACUAGAUAGUGCUAGAUCAAUAGCUCCUUGCUGCUAUCUCCUCACUUUGCAUGGUAUCCAUCUAGGAGUCAGCUACACUAUCAUUUGGUCCGAUGCUUGUCACCAGAAUAGACCUGAUAUUUUCUUAGAGUGAUCGGUACUCUUCUUGCUUAUAUACUGAAACCGGAUCCUGGCCGUUGUUGCAAUGUUCUUACUCACUUUACCCGAUAAACCUCUUGAUUUUUCAACCUAAUGUAAAUUAUUUGCUGUUACCCAAGGUUCUCUCCUUCCAGUCGAUGAAAUCGCCCACUGGGCCCAUGCUGUUGGGGCCAAAAUUCUCGUAGAUGCAUGCCAAAGUGUUCCACAUAUGGCGGUCGAUGUACAGGAGCUAGAUGCUGAUUUCCUAGUUGCAUCUUCACACAAGGUGCAAGCGACGAAUUCCUGCUAUCGCCGUAUAAUUUCAGUUCAACCAUGGCCAGUACGAGUAAUCUAGGAUUUAAAAAACUUUUCUCAGAUGUGUGGACCUACAGGGGUUGGAUUCCUAUAUGGAAAAAUCAGCCUUCUGUCUGCAAUGCCUCCAUUUCUAGGUAAACUCAAUUGGUUGUUCUAUACUACUUAUACGGUCGAGCAUAUUUUUUUAUUUAUUUUUAUGUGGAAAUAUCUAUGCACAUAAUCUUUGCCCUAGACAGGUGGGGGCGAGAUGAUUGCUGAUGUUUUCGAAGAUUAUUCGACUUAUGCUGAACCUCCAUCAAGGUCAGCCAAAUUUAUCUCUUAAAUCAUUACUCCUUUCAGUGCUUGAAACUGAUUUCUUCUCUACUGAGUCUUCGAGUCAGAUUCAUGGGCUACUCUCUACUCAGUCUUCGAGUCAGAUUCCUGCUAGAUUGUUGUAUCUAAAUGAGGAAUCUAGUUUGGGAAACUUAUGAGAGGCGACAUAGCAUGCGCUUGAAUAUGAUUGUUUUCUCACUUUUUUGUGUGUGCAAAAUUCGUAUCUUUUUAAUAAGAACAUCCGAUCCGAUCUGUUUCUUCUUUUAGUCAACUCUUCAUGGGACUCUUCUUCGAUUUCUGUGACCCAUGAUGAAUGAUCAAUGAUCGGCAGAUUUGAGGCUGGAACUCCUGCCAUCGGAGAGACCAUCGGCCUGGGAGCAGCAAUCGAUUAUCUGUCCACCGUCGGCAUGCAGAGAAUUCACGACUACGAGGCAAGUAGUCUUCUUAACAUCAAGAACAAUAAAUAAUAGUAAAUAAUAAUAUUAUUAAAUAUGUUUGCAAGAGCAGCGAUCGAAUUUUUGGGUUCAGUUGCCACAUUUAGAUCUGUUUUCCUACUAUUUUUCUUGCCCAACUGGGUUUUUUUUUUUUUUUGCUAUUUCGAUCUCUUACUCCUACGGCAACUCCUUCAGAAGGAGCUGGCCAGCUACCUCUAUGACAGGCUCAAGGCUGUGCCCAAAGUGCACAUCUAUGGGCCCGCCCCUACGUCAACGGUCCACCGGGCCCCACUCUGUUCCUUCAAUGUGGAAAACAUCCAUCCAACGGACAUCGCAACCCUGCUGGAUGAGCAGGUAUUAUUUUUCUUCCAUUAAUUAUUUAUUUUUUCUUGGUUGGAGCCAUUAUUUAAUACCCAAGUCCUGGUUUUUCCCAGUGGUUUUUUCUUUCUUUCUUGGAACUAGCUGCUCUGGGUUUGACCUUUUGGGUCAACUUAUUAGAAGUAAUGGUCAACGUUUUUUUUUUUGGGGGGGGGGGGGUUGUCUCAGCAUGGGGUGGCCAUCCGGUCGGGGCACCACUGCGCUCAGCUGCUGCACCGGCGACUGGGGAUCAGCUCGAGCGCACGUGCGAGCCUUCACUUCUACAAUACCAAGGAGGAGGUGGACGUCUUCAUCGAAGCCCUUAAAGACACCAUCAGCUUCUUCUCUUCUUAUUUGUAA